AGCAGAAGCGCAGCGAUGGCGGCGGGGCCGGGAGCGGCGGGCGCCGCUCGCGUCUCCUCAGGCCGCGACCUGAGCUGCGUCCCGGAGGUGGCGGGAGCGCUGGGGGCCGUGGCCAGGCAGGGGUUCGAUUUCCUCUGCAUCCCGCUCUUCCACCCCCGGCACCGGCGCGAGUUCGGGCUGGAGCCGGCGCGGGACCGCCCGGGACCCCAGACCCGCUCGGACCUGGUGCUGGCCGGCAGAGACUGGAACACCCUCAUCGUGGGGAGCUCUCGCCCUGGAUCCGCCCGGAUUCGCCCCUGGAGCACGUCCGGAGCAACUCCCAGAAAGCCCUGCGCCAGGAGCUGGAUUUCGGGGCCUACCUGGGCCUGGGCCGCUCACCUGGUGCCCCUCAGGGGGGGCCACAACCCCAACCUGGCGCGGGGGCUGAGCGCCCACCUGCACUGCGGGCACCACUCCACACAGUUCUGGGUGCAGGUGCCGCUGGUGGCGCCCGAGGACGGCCGCGAUGACGUCAUCGGCAACGAGGCCCCGCCCCCCCGAGGGCGGCAACGAGGAGAGGACGUGGGAAUGGUGCGAAAAAGGGCGAUUUUGG